AUGCUGACACCAGGAAUUACAUUCCUCUCACUGCCAUCCAGCGACCUCCACUUGGCUGGCCCAUUUAGUCAACUAUUGCACCCACUUCUUGAAACUCUCGGAAUUCCAAAUGCCCCAGAAGGCUUUACAGUCUUGCCAUGUCUGACUCAACAGUUACCCUCUGUGAUACAGCGUUUCCCAAGAGCUGAGGUCUUGAUGUCGGUAGAUAACUGUGUGGAUGCUCAAGCGUCUCUACGAACUGUGACCCCUCGACCCGAGCUGAAUUUCCCAUUCCACUUGAAGCUAUCUUUAGCCUGUCAGAUCACCUCUGCGCUUCGCACAAUCACACCAUGGUCCGCACAGGGCGGUCCCAUUGUGACCCAGAUCAUGGAUCGAUUCCUCCCAGCCGAUCUAUGGAUAUUCAAAGAAGUAGCAUCUGCCACAGGUAGUCAGUCAAACUUUGAUGACGCAAAACAUCUAUCGUGUAUUCUGCGAGAGAAUUUGGAAUUCAGAGCCGAGGCCAACGACGAGGUUCUCAUCAUCGCAGCUGCACUGACUCAACAGUCGCAUGGCACAUCGCAGCCUUACGCAGAGAUCCUCUUCAAUUUGGAAAGCAUUCCUCAAAAGCAAGAGUGGUUUCGAGAAUAUGUUGAAUGCCUCCUCGUCCUCAUCCUCCCACCUUUGAUAAACCAUGGCAUUGGCCUCGAAGCCCACGGCCAGAACAUGCUCGUGCGAGUAUGUCGGAAGACAGGAAAGAUCAAAGGAUUUGCAGUCCGCGACUUCGGUGGUAUCCGCUUGCACACUCCGACCCUUCGCCUUCAGGGCGUAAAUUUCGACGCAAUGUAUCCCGGCUGGGCAGUGAUGACGGAGAGUAUGCAUGAUGCGUGGGGAAAGGUGCAUCACUCGCUGCUGCAAAAUCAUGUUGGAUAUCUCUUGGAUGCCCUCAAUCUACAGAAGCAUGGUGGGUGGGCCAUUGUACGUGAGGUACUGGAGCAGGUUCUGGCAACGCUCCUAAACACUGGGCUAUACGAGUUCUGUAUGAAAGACACCAUGCCAUACAAAUGUUUCCUACGGAUGAGAAUGGAAGGGAAAUAUCGCGAUGUAAGUCAUCCUCCCCGUCAAAAUGAGAAUUACGCUCUAACUUGCUCAAAAGAUGGGAGGGAAUACUUGCGAGCUAUGUCCCUUCCUUGCAUUGGACUUGACCGAGAGUAUUUAUGA